CCAAGGUUAACCUCAGAGCAGACAUCUCUCCUUCAAUCUUCGGAGAAGGCUACAGGUGAACAGAUAUGGCCUCCGCCAACAUUCAGACAUGGUCUUCAGUGCCUGAGGAUUAUUUUUCCUGCUCAAUCUGUCUGGAUGUUUUCACUGAACCUGUUUCGACUCCCUGUGGGCACAACUACUGCAAAGGCUGCAUCACGGGCUACUGGGCCAGCAGAGACUCCAGCCAGUGUCCACUGUGCAAGGCAGAGUUCAGAAAAACCCCGGUCCUUCAAGUCAACACAGAGUUCAGAGACAUGCUGGAGCUUUUCAAGAAGACUAAACCUGCAGCUGAUGUGAAAAGUUCUCCUCCAAUGGUGGAUGAGGUUUUCUGCGACCCCUGCCAUGGGAUGAAGCGCAAAGCACUGAAAUCCUGCCUUGUUUGUCUGGCUUCUUACUGCAAUGGCCACCUGAGGCCCCAUCGCUCAGUUCAGGCGUUAAAGUGGCACAAGCUGAUCAACCCCGUGAAGAACCUCGAAAACAGGAUGUGCAGGAAGCACAACAAGGUGUUAGAGUUUUUCUGCAAGGAGGACCAGAGCUGUGUUUGCGUUUUGUGCUUCAAGGAUCACCAUGUGAUGCAUGAGGCCAUCUCUUUGGACGAGGAGUUUAAAGGGAGGAAAAAUAAAGUGAAGAAUGUGAAAAGAGAGGUCAAGCAGAGCCUGAGCAACAAGCACGGUAUGAUCCAGGCGAUUCAAAACUCAAUGAAGCAAGGCAGAGAGGAACUGGGGAGGACAAAAGCAGAAACAGCAACAGCCUUCGAUGCCUUAGUGGCGUUAGUCAUGACCAAAAAGAUCACGCUAAUCGAACUGUUGGAGGAGAAGCAGAAAGAGGCAGAGCAGCGGGCUGAAAGUCUCAUCAGACAGCUGCAGCUGGAGAUCGUCGAGGAUAAUCGACUGAGUGACAAGCUGAAGGAGCUCUCAGAGACUGAGGAUGACUUCAGACUCCUCCAGGACCUUCCAGCUGUGCCUUCUCCUUCUAACAUUAACUAUCCCGUCACAGAGAGCGCUCAGCGUCUUCUGGAAACAGAGACAGUGAAAAAAGCCGUGGCCAAAAUGGUGAAGACACUUGAUGAACAGAUGGAGAUCAUCACAGGAGAAGUCAACAUGGUGAAAGGACAACAAACCAAGAGUGGAUUUGACGAUGAGCUGGGGAUCAUCCAGAGUCAACAUGCAGUGAAUCUGGCUCUGAAUCCUGACACGGCACACCCGUGCCUGAUCGUCUCAGAAGACAGAAAAGAAGUGAGGGAUGGAGGUACAAAGACAAGGGUCCCCGACAACCCAAUGAGGUUUGACUCCUUGCGUUAUGUCCUUGGGGACGAGGGGUUUUCCUCUGGAACAUUCUACUUUGAGAUCAAGCUCAAUGGCCAAACAAGAUGGGAGGUCGGCAUGGCGAGAGAGUCCAUCAGCAGGAAGGGUGUCGAUUUGUCUCUCAGCCCUGAAAACGGAUGCUGGACGCUGGGUUGUUACUGGGGGCGCUACCAGGCUAACACUAACCCCCCUGUGAUCCUGUCCCUGUCUAAUGGGCCUGAGAAGAUCGGAGUGUUUGUGGAUUAUGAGGGAGGGUUGGUCUCAUUUUAUGACGUAGAUACUAGAGCUCUGAUCUACUCUUUCUCAGGAUGCGCCUUCACGGAGAGUGCACCAUUCCUGAGAAAUGUUUUAUCUCUUAGACUGUAUGGUGGUGCUCCAUCUAAGACCAAAAUCUAUCCUUUAUUCCGACCUGAUGCAGAGCAGGGGAGCACCUCCCUGCAGAUCAUCCCUGUUUGAUGCACCAGAGCAAACCUAACCGUCGUCUGCAAGAGCAAGUAAUGCUGGCCUAACAAUUUCAGAGUUGCGAAAACGGAGUAAAAUCGUGUUAGUCUUGGUAAUGUUGCAGUGUUCUCCCAUGAUCUCAGUGGUUAGGUGUAAGGAGGUCAUAAGAGUCGAUAUGAGGAAGUCUUCCUGCAGUCUUGGUGUUAAGACAACACCAAAUGUUUGAUAUAGUCAUAAGACUUUAGUCUGGUUUUAUGCAAAUUCUGUUAUCAAUGACACAACCAUCAUCCACAACCAAUGGGAGCCAGCGUUUUCUGUAAGCAUGUUAAAUUAGCUAACUUUUCUGAACAUGAAAAGUUUGAAGCCGCUAAAUAUCCGUUCGGAACUUAAGAGGCGCUGAAACUGGUCUGCACAGAGCUGCAGUCAGAUCUCUGCACUGCUGUCAACUCAUUCCAGGCUGACAUGGCAGAUACCAACAACCUCCGUUGGGUUUAUCAAAGUAAAAGCCCUCAGUUUUUCUGACCCCCGUACUUUUAUUCUCAAGUUCUUUUGGGAUAGUUCUUUGGUUGUUGCGAGAUCUUGCAGAGUUGCUUCAGUUUUUAACUCUCCUUUUUCUGUAAAUGAUUUAAAAACAUCAGAUUAUGAAAUAAGAACUCAUAUUUGAUCACCUCGUUCCCUGCCUUCCUCUGUAAUAUUUAUUUUCAUGCUACACAAGUUUAACUCCGGUAUUUCUCUGAUAAGCACUGUUUUAAUGUAUAACAAAUCUUUUAUUUCUGACUAAAGCUGAAUCCCCCAAACCAGUAUAACUGACACCAACUCUGUACAGGUGCGACAAACAUCAAGGGCCAUGGGCCAAAAAAAAACAUCACAAUAUUUACAUAAACUCAAGCUAUUCUUAAAUUCUCUUUAACUGUUUGAAUAAUAAUAAUAGGUCAAAGGCCCAUGCCAUACUACAAUAGUUGGAUAUGUAUGGAUUUAUGACAUAUGCAUAUAAAGUUUUGGAAAAUGGCUGUUAAUAUUAAACCUUAAUUUAACUUUUUAUGCUCAUAUUCUACACAUAGUUUCAAUUUUUUAUAUCAUAUAUCACCGUGCCUAAGAUUGUGUACAAUAUUUGUGUGUAAAAAGUUUGUACAUUAUGCAUAAAACAAAGAAAUGCGUAAAUCAAGAGCUAAUGCAGUACGUCAAACUAAUCCUUAGAAUGAAACUUUAGCAAUUAAAAAAUGACAAAGUAUUUUGCUGACAAAUGGUGUGAAAACCUUCUUUUCACUUAUGUUUUAUAGCUGACUUAAUCUGAGGGUGAAUUUGUGUUCACAUUUUCAGCAGAAUUCUUAUUUUCCUUAUAACAGCUUCACAUUAAAAUUCUUCGCUGUCCUCUGGUGGUGCCUUUUUGCCACUACAUUCAGUCAGAAAAUGUUCCCACUGUGAAUUAUGGCUUAACAUUCAGAUUUAUGCUAUAAUGGAGUAGUUUUUAAAAAACUUGAUGAAUAUAUUUAUCCUUGCACCAUCCUUAAAUAGAGUUUCAUACCAUAUAAUACUAGUUAAAAUCAAACAUCAUUUAUAUUAAUAUAAUGGAUAAUAAAAUACAAAGACCUAGACAACUCUUAUUGGAUGAUUUCUCUGUUUUCAGUUAUUAAAGACAGCAAUAAAACUCCUGCACACUGCAGAAAAAUAUCAGUAUUAAUGCAGUUUACACCAUAAGUCAGAGUUUGUAAUGGAUUUAUUUAUCUCCUUCAGCAGUUUUAUGAUAAAGAUGUGUGUUUUUGGUACUUUUGGAUACUGUCAAUCAUCAUCAAAGAGAAAAUCAUUUGAAAUGUGGUUUGUUAAAAAUGUUUGUCAGUCUUAUCUGAACAUGAAUUGACAAAACACAAAAUUGUAAAUCAGUUUACAAUCACAGAACCAGUGCUGAUUGAUUUCCUUUUUCAUUCUACCUUGUGCUGUGUUUA